CAUGUUUUGGGACGUGUGAGGAAACCGGAGUACGACACCAAGUCCAUUCGGUUUAAAAACAAAAACUUCACGGGGAGGGCGACUCGGUCAAGGGUUUCGUGGUGACGUCUCAGCAGGCUAUUGGCCAGCUUCGACAUAUGGAAAUUAGCAAACGAGAACGGUGACGUCAGUUCCCCCGCUCCCCUCCCUCCUCCGACACAGUUGACAGUCAGUGAGCGAAACAAACAUGGCGACGGCGUCGAGGGGACGCGGGUUUCUGCGAACUUUACUGCUCUUUACACACCUUGCGGCGGGCGUCCGGGCCGAGGCGGCGUUGGCAGAGCCGCGGGCCGCCACGCGGAUUCUCGGCAUGCGGCUGGAGCGCAGCGACACGCCGGCCGGGACCACAGAGCGUGGGGUGAUCCAGGUAACUGAGGGCAGCGACAUCCUGGUCCGGUUCUACGGGCUCCACUUGUUCCCGAACAGCUCCGCGCUGGUCCGCUUCACUGAGCUUUACUCCAGCGAGGCGGAGGACGAUGCCCACGGCGCCGUGGAGGUGCCUCUCAACCGGACGUGCCCGGAACACAGCAAGGACCUGGUGGUGAAGGGCACCAUGAGCGUGAGUAACCGCAACACCUCCGGGCUGGCCACCGUCACCGUCAAGCAGCUCCGCAAGAGCGAGGUCGUCAAGGUGUUCGCCCUGUGCGUGCGGGACCCUCUGGACCCCCCGGACGUCUGGACCCAGUUGGACGAACGUGACGGCCGGGUGCGCGUGGUGGAGGUGAAGAAGUCCCUGCUCCCCGUGUGGCUCCAGGUGAUCAUCAUCUCCUUCUUGCUGGUCCUGUCGGGCAUGUUCAGCGGGCUAAACCUGGGUCUGAUGGCUCUGGACCCCAUGGAGCUGCGUAUCGUGCAAAGUUGCGGCACUGAAAAGGAGAAGAAGUACGCCCGCAAAAUUGAGCCCAUUCGCCGCAAAGGCAACUACCUCCUGUGCUCGCUCCUCCUGGGCAACGUUCUGGUGAACACGACACUCACUAUCCUGCUGGAUGACCUGACCAAGUCAGGCGUGGGCGCAGUGGUAGCCUCCACAGUGGGGAUCGUGAUCUUCGGUGAGAUCGUGCCCCAAGCACUGUGUUCACGCCACGGCCUGGCGGUGGGUGCCAACACCAUCCUGGUCACCAAGCUGUUCAUGCUGCUCACCUUCCCGCUGUCGUGGCCCAUCAGCAAGCUCCUGGACUGCGUGCUGGGCCAGGAGAUUGGGACUGUGUACAACCGCGAGAAGCUGGUGGAGAUGCUGAAGGUGACGGAGCCCUACAACGACCUGGUGAAGGAGGAGUUAAACAUGAUCCAGGGGGCGCUGGAGCUGCGCACCAAGACGGUGGAGGACGUGAUGACGCCGCUCGGCAACUGCUUCAUGAUCCACAGCGACGCUGUGCUAGACUUCAACACCAUGUCGGAGAUCAUGGAGAGCGGCUACACGCGCAUCCCCGUUUACGAGGGCGAGCGUUCCAACAUUGUGGAUGUGCUUUUUGUCAAGGACCUGGCCUUCGUCGACCCGGACGACAGCACCACGCUUAAGACCAUCACCAAGUUCUACAACCACCCGGUUCACUUUGUCUUCCAUGACACCAAACUGGACUCCAUGCUGGAGGAGUUCAAGAAAGGCAAAUCCCAUCUGGCUAUCGUUCAGAAGGUGAACAAUGAGGGCGAGGGUGACCCGUUCUACGAGGUUCUGGGUCUGGUCACACUGGAGGACGUCAUCGAGGAGAUCAUCAAGUCGGAGAUUCUGGAUGAGUCGGACCAGUACACUGACAACCGCACCAGGAAGAAGGUAGCGCCCAACAAGAAUAAGAGGGACUUCUCGGCCUUCAAGCACGAGAGCGAGUCCAAGGUGAAGAUCUCACCUCAGCUGUUGCUGGCAGCCCACCGCUUCCUGGCCACAGAGGUGACCCUGUUCAACCCAGCUCAGAUCUCCGACAAGGUGCUGCUGCGUAUCCUGCGGCACCCCGACGUCAUCCAGGAGAUCAAGUUCAACGAGAGCGACAAGCGCUCACCGCAUCACUACAUCUACCAGAGGGGAAAAUCUGUUGACUACUUCAUACUCAUACUGCAGGGCCGAGUGGAGGUGGAGGCCGGCAACGAGAACAUGAAGUUUGAGACGGGACCCUUCUCUUACUAUGGGAUCAUGGCACUCAGUACUCCCAUGCUGGAAUUCCGCUCACCAUCGCACAUUAGCGGCCUGAACCGCACGUCGUCGCUGAGCGGCACCGACCGGGCCGAGUCACUGUCGGUGAGCGGCAGCAACAAUCAGCUCAACACUCAGCUUAGCAGUCAGGUCAACUGCACCACCAUCUACACGCCUGACUUCUACGUACGAGCCCUCACCGACCUGCAGUUUGUCAAGAUCACUCGCUCGCAGUAUCAGAACGGGCUGAUGGCAUCACGUCUUGACAGCACGCCGCAGUCGCCCGAGAGCGUCCACCAGCUGCCCGCCCUGACGGUGCCCGGGACAAAUGCCUCCAACGUCACCCUUGCCGAGCUGGGCGCCGAGCUGGACCCUGCGGGGCCCACGGACAACGGGCCCGACGAGACCACACUGCUGCUUCUCAACCAGCGGAACUCGCCUAAUGACACCAACCACCGUGGACAGCUUAACAACAGUGUCUAAAGCAUCCUCCUCCUCCUCCUCUUCUUCCCACACGCUUGCACGCCGCCGCAGCCGAGACUCAGGGAGACUCAUGCCCCCUCCCCCGUCGCCCCCAAAAUCCAAAUCAACCCUUAUUCCGUAGAGAGAUUCAUUGUUUGAGUUGUGGAUGCGCGUCUUUGUGUCACCAUGGCGACAAUCAGUGCGAUAAUGAAUGUAGCGUUUCAAUGGGUUGGUGUGUGUGUGUGUGUGUGUGUGUGUGUGUGUGUGUGUGUGUGUGUGUGUCUGUGUCUGUGUCUGUGUCACAGGAACCAAAAAUAGGGAAAUAUUGCUUUAAGAGAAACUUUAUUUAUUUUGUACCGAGAAGGAUUUGGGCCACACUAGAAAAAAAUAAAGUAAUAAACAAACAACAAAAUUGCAAGACUAAAAUCUGAAUACAGUGGUAUUAGGAUCAAGAAAAAUCUGUAAUAUAAUGCCAAAGAAGUAAUAACGGAAUUUUUUAAUGAGGGUAAAUAAAGUUGGAUAUUUUCUUAGCGUAGAAUUAGAACUGAAAAUAUUCUGUUUUAUUUUACUGAGAAAAAAAAUAGCAAUAAUUUGCAGAUAUUAUUAUACACUGUAUUUUUACGGAAAUAUGUGGGAAAAAAAAUAUCUUGCAAUGAUUGUCACAUAAAAUUUGAAUGCAACAAGAAAAAAAGUUUUAUUUUGGGGAAAUUAAAUCCAAAUAUUACACAAAAAAUGUCUGCUUUGUAUUACAGAAAAAGUUUUAUAAAAUCUGUAAUGCUGUGAGAAUAAAUUUGUAUUAAUGUUACAUUUUAAUAUUUUAACAAUACUGAUGCUUGCGCAUAAGCAAUAUGAGAAUAAACCUGUAUGUUUUAAAGAAUAAAAUCAGACUGCGGCAAAAAAAAUUAUCCACACCAAUUAAUUUUUUUUUUUUAAAAGGUCAAAUUAAAUCUUUCUUCCAACUUUAUUACUGUAUUUUUGUUUUUCUUUCUCACGAUAUUGCACGAUCUAAUUUUCGCAGCUUUAUUGUUCAAAUAUUUCAAAUUUAUACGUGUUGCAGUUUUUUUUUACAAGAAUAAAGUAAUAUUUCAGCCUUUAAAUUAGAACUUUUUCAUGUAAUACUGCAAUUUUGUUCUUUAUAAUUACUGCUUUAUUCUUGCAAUAUUUAAAAAUAAUAGAACUUAAUCCUUAGAAUAUUACCACUUAAUUCUUGUAAAAUUACUACUUUUUCUCAUUGUGUGAAUGGUCAUAUGUCUGACUUUAUUCUCAUCAAAUAUGUUUUACUCAUUAAAAUAUAUUUUCCUCAUUUUCUUUUGGGGAGCCUUUUCCCACUAAAUUGCAGGGUUGGCUGCCUCUUAUGUUUCUAUGCUUCAAAUGUUUGUCAUAAUAUUAUCAACUUUUUUUUAAUCACAAUGUUCAGACUUUAUUCUUCUAAAAUUAAAACUUUAGUCGGAUUAAAUUUCAACUUUUUUAGCUGUAAUAUCAGGAUUCUGUAAUUAUCGUAAAAAUGUUACUUUAUUGUUGUGAAAUUAAGGUGUUUCCUCAAUAUUAUGACACUAUAGUUAUAAAAGGUUUGGACUUUUUGGCAUAAUGUGUCAUUUAAAUUUGAUUUGGAUUUUUUGAAAACUAUUAUUAAUUUCCAGUGUGGCCCCAAUUAUCCUCUGUACAUUUGAAACAAUUCUGUGUAUGUUUUGUUUUGUUUUAUGUCUACCAAGGUGGAGAAUGUGAUUUCAUUGUUAUGCCUCAUGGUGAGAUGAAUGUUAUUGUUUUUUCGCAUUAACUGGUUUUGUUGGGUUUAAUCAUAUGGGGGGAAACGUGUAGCACCGUUCACAGCGUGACACACUCCGGCUUUGUUUGACUGUAAAAUAUCAAGUGAGCCUCUUAAAGGAACACAGUCUUUUUUAUUGCAACAUUUGAGCUCGUUUUUAUUAGGUUUAAACUGUAAUUUGUUGAGGAAAAUUAUAUUAAUACUAAUAAUGGCGUCCCUUGUUGAAACACUGAUGGCAGAAGAAGGGUGCUGCUGUACUACAUUCAUUUUUAUUUUUAUUCACAGGUGAACAUAACAUGCUGGCAGGGCAUUGUGGGAGUUUACUGUGAUUUUUUUUUUUUUUUACUUUUAUUUUUUUAUAAACAAACGUGGAAUCGACGUGAUAAUGGUACAUUAAGUUCUGGAGGCUGGAAAAAAUAGAGUAAAUAGAAGUUGUUUUAAGAACAGUAGGAAAAUGGCUGGAAAAUUUAUGAAUGUUACAAGAAUAAAGUCAGAAUAUUACGAGAAAAAAAACAAUUUGGUUGUGAGAAUAAAAUCUUAAAAAGUUGUAAUAUUACGAUAAAUCAAAUUAAAACAAACAUUUGAAAUCGUAAUUAAGGAAAAAAGUCACAAAACCUAAGCUUCUUUGCCGAUGUUUUUUUUUUUUAAUUCCUGUAAUUCUACGAUAGUGGAUGAAGUAAUUGCUUUAUUCUCAGAAUAUUUCAAUUUAUUAUUUUGACGAUUAUAAAAAUCCAAUGUUUUGUGUAAUAUGAUUUCUUGAAAAUGUUAUUCAUGUAAAAUGACAAAUUUGACACGUGAAAUUACAUUUUUCUUGUAAAAUUAUUUUUUUCUCAAUAUUACUUUUUUUCCGUUAAAGUACAAUUUCAUUUUCAUAAAAUUUCCAUUUCAUUCACGUAAAAUUGCACAUUCCUUCUCAUAAUAGUCCAACUCUAUUCUCAUAAAACACGUUAGCAACAGUCGCAACAAAAUUCUCUUAAAAUUCGACAUUUCCCUAAUAUUACAACUCUUUCAUAAAAGUAAAAAAUUUAAUUUUGUAAAAUUACCGAUUUGUUUGUAAAAUUGAAAAUGUUCUUGUAAAAUAAAAAUUUGUAUUACAAUAUUGCAACUUUAUUAUAAAAUUACAAAUGAUAUUUUCUUAAAAUUAUUCAUUUACAUAAAGUUACAAAUUGUACUCUUGUGAAAUCACACAAUUUAUUCUCCUAAAAUUAAAAACUUCAUUUUUGUAAAAUGUUCUCUAUAUUACGCCUUUAUUCUCACCGGCCAAAUAAGAAGCUGUUUGAUGAGGAUCUGGAAUAAAGGUGUGCAUAUAGGAAUGUAUUUUUGGGAUACCUCCCAAAUCACAAUCCAUACCGCUUGUCCGUUUUGCACUGCUUACAGUCACCUUGGUGAGGUCCUCGCUUUUUCUUUUUUUCUUUUUUUUUUUAUUAUUAUUUUUUUAAAUAUAUGAAAAUUUGCCAGUUUGGUGAGAUGCGCCCCCCCAACCGACACUCUCUGUGACAUGCCCACCCUUCAGUUGCCAUGGAAACACUUUACAUGCUCACCCGCUGCUAUCUGUUGGCAAUUUGAACACAACACUAAGUGUGUGUAUUUGUGUACUAUUGCAGUAUACUAAAAAAAAAAAAAAAAAAAAACAGCACAGAGUAAGACCAUGGUGGCAGUGUGGUACAUCCAUCCAUCCAUCCAUUUUCUUUGCGCUUCUCCUCACUAGGAGCCUGGAGCCUAUCCCAGCUAUCAUCGGGCAGGAGGCGGGGUACACCCUCAACUGGUUGCCAGCCAAUCACAGCAGUGUGGUACAAUUUGAGUUAAAAACAAAAAGUCAUGGAGUGAUUGUAGCGUGCUGUAAAUAGCGCUCAAAGGAAUCUCACAGUGACAGCGAUACUGCAACUAGAUUUGAAAAAGAACCGGAGUGAGGGCUUGAGGCAGUGUGCUACAAAUAGAACUAAAAAGUAGUACAGAGUAAGCUUGAUACGCUACCAAUAGAGCUGAAAAAGAAGCACGGAGUAAUGGCAUGCUGGCAGUGUCCUACAAAUGGAGCUAAAAAGAAGCACAAAGUAAGCAUGUCGUGCUAGAAAUAGAGCUGACGACGCACACAGUGAGGGGGUGACUGCAAUGUGCCACAAAAAGCUGAAAAAGAAGCACUGGCGCCGGCAGUGUGCUACAACUAACGCUCAUAAAGAAGAGUGAAGUUGUGAUGCAAUGUGCUACAAAUACAGCUAAUAAAGAGCACAGAGUGUGAUGGCAGUGUGAUAGACAAAAGCCUGAAAAUAUAGCACAGAUCCGUUUUACUGUAUUCUAGCAUGUCAGGUCUCCUGUAAUUAAAACUACAGCAGCCAAUUUUAUACACACACACAUAGGUCCCAAUAGUCCAAGACACUUAACUCCAUUAUUGGGCUUGGGGGGAGCAUUUUAACACCGUCUGCCAUGCAAAUCAAAAGAAAAAAAGGCCCAUUAUAUGAAAUGUUUUUUCAUUGUGUUAUCUUUUUCUCAUAAUUUUUUUGUUUUUGUUCCUCAUUUUGGCCAUUUUGGGAAUAUGAAAAUAGCUUUUUUGUGUUUAUUCAUGAUGCACUUUAAUAAGGAAAGCAGUAUUUCCCCUACCACCAAAAAAGAUGCCAACAUUUUUAGUUUUUUUUUUUGUCACAACAAGGACUUUGUUCAAAAUGAAACUGCUUUCAGUGAAACUUCCUCGUCUUUGUGUUGCCAUCAGCCUCUCGGGAAUUCAUUUAAUUUUGUAUUGUUUUUGAUGCACUCAAUGAAUCAAUCAAUCAACCCUGAAUGCUUUCAAUCAAACUGGGAUUUAAGUUUAUUCUCAGUGCCUGUCAAUCAAGUUGGCUUUGAUUUUUUUUGUACCUCAAAACACUCUUGAUGAUCGAUAACGUGUGUGUGUGUUUGUGUGUGUGUGUGUGGCCACUAAUCCGAGAGCGAGCGACAGCGGGAAUGGACUGAAUAAAAAAAGUUUCCUUUGGUUCCCGCCGAUAAAGAUAAAUCCCAAAUGACAAAUGGUUGUAAAUAGUCUUUUAUAAUUUCUGUCCUCAUAAGUUUUCAUGAUGAAUGUUGUUAUUAAUAAACCUGAGAUCAACAUGA